AUGAUGAGCGGCCUCAUGGGCACGGUCGCCCAGGGCAUGGCCUUCGGCACGGGCAGCGCCAUCGCGCACCGCGCCGUGGGCGCCGUGGCCAACUCGUUCUCGGGCUCGGACGCCCCGCAGCAGCAGGAGGCCGCCGCCCCGGCCCCGCAGGACUACCAGGCCGCGCAGCCGCCCCAGCAGAACCAGUGCGGCGCGGACCAGAAGGCCUUCCUGGAGUGCCUCAACACCAACAGCAACGACAUCAGCGCCUGCCAGUUCUACCUCGACCAGUUCAAGCAGUGCCAGCAGAGCGCCUUCAUGUAGACUCGCUCAGCGUGAAGGACAUGCGAGCUUGAGACCAGCCGGAGGCUCUGACGACGAUGAGGGAAGCUGAAGCCCUCCUCUUUGUCUGCGAAGACGAGUUAUGCCUCAGCGGAGCAGACAGAAAGGGCGGAGGACAAGUUGUCUUCUUCGGGGUCGCUGGGGACCUGUCCGCCUGAGCCAGAGCGAGCACUAGACGCCAAAGACCAAUAAAUGAACUGCGCGUGCAAAAAGCACGAGUUCGCAAUUAUCCU